UAGGGUCAGUGGGCGGGGCUCGGUGUCAUUCAAUCUCUGGGAAGAUGAUUCGGUUCGGACGGCUGGUGACGGUCUCUUCGCGACUUCGACAGGCAAAUUUCUCGUCGGUGGCGGCAGCUGUGCCUCGGACCAAACUCUUCAUAAAUGGACAAUUUAUUGAUUCACAGACUUCGGACUGGAUCGAUGUUCACAACCCAGCCACUAAUGAGGUGAUUAGUCGGGUGCCGCAAGCCACACAGAAUGAAAUGGAGGCAGCAGUCAAUGCAUGCCAGCGCGCUUUUCCAGCCUGGUCUGAGACGUCCAUCCUGACCAGACAGCAAGUCUUCCUCCGGUACCAACAGCUCAUUAAGGACAAUCUGAAAGAGCUGGCACGUCUAAUCACGUUGGAGCAGGGGAAGACUUUGGCCGAUGCUGAGGGUGAUGUUUUUCGUGGUCUUCAGGUCGUGGAGCAUGCUUGUAGCGUUACCUCUCUUAUGCUGGGUGAAACGUUGCCAUCCCUCACAAAAGAUAUGGACACCUACACCUUUCGUUUACCGAUUGGUGUCUGUGCUGGCAUUGCACCAUUUAACUUUCCUGCUAUGAUUCCUCUUUGGAUGUUCCCUAUGGCCAUGGUUUGUGGAAAUACUUAUUUGAUGAAGCCUUCGGAGCGAGUUCCAGGAGCCACCAUGUUACUUGCACGGCUUUUGCAGGAUGCAGGAGCUCCAGAUGGGACAUUGAACAUCAUCCAUGGUCAACAUGCAGCGGUGAACUUUAUCUGCGACCAUCCCGCCAUCCGAGCGAUCAGCUUUGUGGGCUCGAACCAAGCUGGGGAAUACAUUUAUGAGAGAGGAUCACGGAAUGGCAAGAGGGUGCAGUCCAACAUGGGAGCGAAGAAUCACGGUGUCGUACUGCCAGAUGCCAAUAAAGAGAACACAUUGAAUCAGCUGGUGGGGGCUGCGUUUGGAGCAGCUGGGCAGCGCUGUAUGGCAUUAUCUACGGCUGUUUUGGUUGGCGAGGCUAAAAAAUGGCUUCCAGAGUUGGUGGAAAAAGCAAAGAAGCUACGAGUUAAUGCUGGAGAUCAGCCUGGUGCUGACGUGGGUCCUCUCAUCAGUCCAGCGGCCAAACAGCGUGUGUGCAGCUUGGUUGAAUGUGGUGUUAAAGAAGGGGCAAGUUUGCUAUUGGACGGUCGAGACAUCAAAGUAAAAGGUUUCGAACAUGGAAACUUUGUAGGACCAACAAUCUUGGGAAAUGUGAAGACUGAUAUGACUUGUUACAAGGAGGAAAUAUUUGGGCCUGUCCUGGUGGUUUUAGAGGCAGAUACUCUGGAUGAUGCAAUUGAGAUUGUAAAUAACAAUCCAUACGGGAAUGGCACUGCCAUCUUCACCACGAAUGGCGCAACCGCACGCAAAUACACACACCUGGUGGAUGUGGGGCAGGUUGGGGUGAAUGUCCCAAUCCCAGUACCCCUCCCCAUGUUCUCAUUCACUGGCUCACGUGCUUCCUUCCGUGGUGACACUAAUUUCUAUGGCAAGCAGGGGAUCCAGUUUUAUACUCAGGUCAAGACUGUGACAUCUCAGUGGAAGGAGGAAGAUGCUACGCUGACCAGUCCUGCUGUCGUCAUGCCGACCAUGGGUCGUUAAUGUCUAGAUCCUUCUGUCUGCUAUUGAACAGACCUGGAUUGGUUAGCGAGCUAUUGAUGGGUGUGAUUUGUUACAUGACCCGUAUGUGACGUCCGUCCAAGGAUGGUGGCGGCUGCUUUCUCUUUCUGAAUUAUGUUCUAAAAUUACCUUUUUACCAAGUUUACUAGUUUUUACUUGGCCAAUAAACCUUCUGGUUUUCAGUGGAGUAUAAGGUGCAGAGGGUGGUAAAGUAAUGGUUCCACGAAUCUGUGUACCACGCAGACACACUUUGUUAAACGUGUGUAAAACAGUCACAUACAAAGUCUGACAGAUUCUUACUAUGAAUCAAAAUCAAUUAAUUUGGAGAUGAAUAAACUUUUUUUUUUUUUUUUUCCCUUCACUUAAGAUCCAAUGCCAAACCUUUAAAACAAUUAUGUAUUUUCUCUCCAUGUCUUUAGUUUACUAAGAUGGCCUAUUACAUUUCCGCCCCUCCAUACCUGCCUCUCAGGACCAGGACUAAAAAACCAUGUUUUGUGACCUCUGAAUGUAGCCUGACAUCCAUUUAAUCAUGUUACAGGAAUAUAAACAAAACCGUAUCACUGCUGCCUCCUGCCUUCUUUCAUUAAAGAAUUUCUUUAUUUA